GAAUCUUCUUUUAUUUAUUUAUUUUUAUAUAAAUAUUGCAGGAUUAUGCCCUAAUCCCCAUUUGCAUCAAGUGAUCGAACCAACAAUCCAAUCCAAAUAAUUUAGAAUAAGAAAUUGCGCCUUUCAGAUUCCCUUUUUCCCCCUUUCAACUCACCUCAAAUCCAAUUUUCUCUGCAUUUUCUGUUAUCCCUCAAACGCGAGAGAAACCCUUUCCAAAGAAGUCAAUCACUAUUCCUUGUCUCUUGAUGAAUUGAAGUUUUUUUUUUGUUUUUUGUCUGAGAAACGGUUGCUCUUUUUCCGGGCUCUGAUUGGAAAUGGUUUCCCCGGAAAACACGAAUUGGCUGUACGAUUACGGGUUCGAGGAUAUCGCUGUCCAUGAUGGCAAUUUCGCUGCUCAUAAUUCUGGGUUGUCUUGGCCCAUGCAAGCCUUGAAUGGCUCGUCUAAUGCCAGUGUGGAGAUUGACGGAUCUCUUGGAGAAUCAGAUUUGCAGAAGGAAGCUGGAUCCAAAAAGCGAUGCAGAACUGAACCAUGUGCUCCUUCAAGUUCCAAAGCAUGCAGGGAGAAACAACGAAGGGACAGGCUAAAUGACAAGUUUAUGGAAUUGGGUGCUCUUCUCGAGCCAGGAAGGCCUCCCAAAACAGAUAAAGCUGCUAUUUUGGUUGAUGCUGUCCGUAUGGUAACUCAGCUAAGAGGUGAAGCUCAGAAACUGAAAGACUCAAAUCUGAAUCUCCAGGAGAAGAUCAAGGAGCUGAAAGCUGAAAAGAAUGAGCUUCGUGAUGAGAAGCAAAGGUUAAAGGCUGAGAAGGAGAAGCUGGAGCAGCAGCUAAAGACAAUGAAUACCCCACAACCUGGCUUUUUGCCUCCAGCCAUCCCAGCUGCAUUUGCUACCCAAAACCAAGGUGCAGGCAACAAAUUGGUGCCUAUCAUCAGUUACCCUGGAGUAGCCAUGUGGCAGUUCAUGCCACCAGCAGCCGUUGACACAUCUCAGGACCAUGUGCUGCGCCCACCGGUAGCCUAAGUUGGCAGCUAAAUCCUGUUACGAUGAUGUUGUUCUUAUUAUGAUGCAAUUGUUGAAUUAUGUGUCGCUCCUCUUGCUGUUAGUUGUUUCCCAACUAUAACUUUAAUCUGGUGGAUUGUGGAAACCGUUUGUGAUUGUCGAACUUUAAUCUAGUACUUUAUGCUGCUUGGUACGCUGUAAAUGUCAAUAAAUUUUGUCUGCAUAGUGCUUUCAUAUUUUCCUCUC